GAUUGAGGACAUACUUGCCCUGUGCGCCUUAUACGGGAGAAAUGACCACCAAACGCCGCAAUCACGGUCGCGCGAAGCCGCCGCACAGCCGCGGGCGGGUCAAGCCAGUGCACUGCUUCAACUGCGGCCGCCUCACCCCGAAGGACAAGGCGGUGGGCCGCUUCGUCGUCCGGCGGAUGUUGGACGCCGCCUCGGCCCGCGACGUCGCGGAGGCCUCCCCGGUCUACAGCGUCGGCUUCCCGAUGCCGAAGCUCUACAUGAAGCAGCGCUUCUGCAUCGCGUGCGCGAUUCACAGCCGAACGGUCCGGGCGCGCCCGGUGGAGCGCCGGAAGAUUCGCCACUCCUGCAAGGUGCGGUUUAUCCCUAACACCAAGAAGAAGUAG